AUGCCUCACCUCGAAAGACCAGGGGCCAACAUCUGGCAUGAGUCGGUUGGUGAAGGGCCAGUGCUACUAUGCAUCUCAGGUGGAGACGGCUCGGUCGACAUCUGGCGAAUGUUUGCCAACGCUCUGAAAGAAAAGUUCACCGUCGUGAUGUGGGAUCGACGAGGCUUCUCCCGCUCCAUCCUCACCGACGCCCAGGACUACUCCCACCGCCUUGAAACCGACGCCAACGACGCCGCCGCCCUCAUCAAGCACUACUCCCCCAAAGACACCCCCGCAACAGGCGCUUCAGCAACCGUAAUCGGCAACUCCUCUGGCGCCAUCAUCGCCCUCCGGCUGCUCACCCUCCACCCCACCCUCAUCCACACCCUAAUCUCCUACGAACCACCCCUCGCCUCCAUCCUCCCAGACCUCCAAUCCCUCCAGACCGAACACCAAGCCGUCUACGCCCUCUACCGCUCCGCCGGCCCCUUCCCAGCCCUCGAACGCUUCGCAAAACUCACGCAAGCGAACCAGCAAAACCUCCGCAACAUCAUCAACUUCGAACGGCCCUACAUGUUUUCGAACAUGAUGUAUUGGUUCGAGCGGGAAUUCAUGGACUAUCCUUUUGCGAAGUUUGAUGUCGAGGGGAGUUGGGCCCGCUGA